CUCCCCCAAACCAUUCAUUACUCUUUAAUUCAAUCCUCCUCAAUUUCUCCUUUUGACCGCCGCAAUGGAUCCUUUCUCUGCUGAGGGUGAGCUGAUCAACAUCCACAAUGCCUUCCACCAAGGCCAAUACCAAGCCGUAAUCGAAUUCGACACCUCCGCUCUAUCCCCCGAGAACCAACUUCCCGCCCGUGUCCUCCAGCUUCGCGCCAAGAUCGCCCUAGGCCAAACAGACGAAGUUCUCGCCGAUGUCGAAGGCGAGGAAGAGACCCCCGAUCUUGCGGCCGUGAAAGCGCUGGCCCAGCAGUCGACCGGAGAUGCUGAAUCGGCAUUGAAGCUGGCUCAGGACCUCGCAGAGAAUUACCCCGACAAUGCUACUGUACAGGUUCUGUGCGGCACGUUGCUGCAGGCUCAGGGACAAAGUGAGGAUGCGUUGGCUUUGUUGACCAAGCAUCAGGGGAACCUCGAGGCUGUGGCCUUGAUCGUUCAGAUUCAUCUUCAACAGAACCGCUCUGAUCUCGCCUUGAAGGAGGUUCAGGCUGCGAAGCGCUGGGCGCAGGAUUCCCUUCUGGUCAACUUGGCUGAGUCGUGGGUUGGAAUGAGAGUUGGCGGCGAGAAAUACCAGGCUGCGUUCUACGUCUACGAGGAAUUGGCUUCCGCUCCUAGCACCUCCGCGCCCCUUUCUAUCGUCGGUCAAGCCGUGGCUGAACUCCAUCUCGGUCGGUUGCCUGAGGCUGAGGCCGCCUUGACUGCGGCUCUGCAGCAGUAUCCCGACGAGGCAGAAUUGAUCGCUAAUUCUGUUGUGUUGAAUGUCUUGGCUGGCAAGCCUUCGGAGGAGUUGGAGCAGCGCCUCGAACAGAUCAACCCCACGCAUCCCUUGCUCUCCGAUCUUCAAGCAAAGAGUGAAUUGUUCGAUACCGCGGCUGCGAAAUAUGCUCCCAGAGUGUCGGCUUGAUCUAAGAUAUCCGUUGUUUACUUCUCUGCUACUUGCAUUGCUUUUGUUUCUUGAUCUCCAUUUUGUACUCCCUCUUCUUGCUCCCUGGGCGUGAUAUUGUUUCCGAUUAUGAAUUGAUACGACGGCGUAGCUAUGUGUAAUCUAGUUAUUGUCCAGCGAAUGCUUCCUUC